GCUACAUGUAUUGUUUGUUGUUGUCAAUUUGUGUGCGUACAGAUUUGUGUGACCUGAAGGUACAGGAAGAAACUGGCAGCGUACACAAGGCAAAACGGGUUAACAUUUAGUUCCUCAUCGCCGUCAGUCUAAGCCAGCUGUUCAAUUGCCUGUCACUGUCGAUUUCCAACGAAUUACCAAUGCAACUAACACUGAUCUUGGCCGCUUUAGUUGCCGUAUUCCUCCAGUAUAAUAAUGGAUAUGUUUGGGAAGGAAAGCGAAUGGUUCUGCCUGUCUACCACAGACGGCCACACACGGUUCUCUACAGCUCGAUGGGUGUUGGUAGCGGUGGUGGAUCGCGUCAGGAUCGUUUCCGUCGCGGGAAUUUGCAAGCCAGCGUUAGUCAAACUAGAAUGGGCAAGCAUGUGAUCCCUCCUAGCUUUGUAAGGGGGGCAAGUCUGCAGGUAAAAACCCGAGAACUGCAUGAGCGCAUAUUGUCUAAACCCAGGCGGUGGGCAAUUUCGUCAGUGUAUGAGGCACCAGUGUCUCAAACCACAUCAGUAUUUGAACCAAAGGCUGAUUCGCAACCAAACCAAUGGACAAAUGAUCACUUAGCACUUGAAGAACAACAGCAAGUAGGGUCCCAAGAAGUCCCUGAAAACAGUCCUGCCAUGACGACACAUGAUACAUCUGCCACAAUAAGCAGUCCAAGAUUUAGUGCUUAUAACAAGCUCAUGGAUGACAAUCACCACAGCUUGAUUCCCAGCGAAAUUUUCGAUACUGAUGAUCAGUCACGUCAGGAGUCACAAGAGCAACGGAUGCAAGAUUUGGACACACAAGGGGCUCCAUACGAACCGCGCAUCGCUGAAGUCAGACCGGAGGCAAGGCCAUAUGAACAACCCUUCACGAAUGUCAGGGAGGAGGCUAUUCCUUACCACCCUCCCUCUGGAGAACCUGGAUCGUACACCAGGCCAUAUAACCCUCCAACUGACGAGCGAAAUGAAGGAUACGAAAAUUUUGAUGCAGACGGUAACGAAGAUGAUUACGAGGAUGACAGCACUGGGACUAGUCCGCAGGAGAACAGGCAAAACUACGCGUCGUAUCCCGAAAUGAAUGGUGGUAUGCCAAUGAGGUCUCCACAAACCACUUCCCCAAUGGUAGAUGGUUAUCAGCUGCAUGUGGAAGAAGAUAACGUAGAACCAAUGCGACCGGUUAGAAGAUCCCCUAGUCCUUGGACCGUGCGUGAUGUUCAUCGGCUGGGACAGCCCCGGCAUGAGGCCUGUAUGCUUCCUGUCGAUCGUGGAGCCGGGCCGGAUGAAAUUUCUGCGUGGUACUACGAGCCAAACGAAUAUCGUUGCCGUUGGUUCGGUUAUCGAGGUCACGGAGGGAAUGCUAACAGAUUCUACAGCCGCACCGCCUGCGAAUCAUACUGCAUUCGUGAUUUGGAGAAUUUGUGCGAGACGGCCACGUGUCAUUGGCCUGGAACCAGGUGUGUCAUGGUCGGCGACGACUUCUGUAAAGAAAAUGAGCGAAGGCAUGGAAGGGAUUGGAGACUGAAGUGCACACCAGAUCAGCCCGUUUGUGUCAAUAUUAACUUCCAACCCCUCCCACAUGAAUGUCGACAAACAAUGGAUGGUGGAUCAUGCCAACGUAAAAAUCCAGCUGUCAAUUUCUACUACGACCGGGAACGCAACACGUGUAUGACUUUCUAUUACCAUGGAUGUGGCGGUAAUGACAAUCGAUUCGAAACAAAGUCGGAUUGUAUGACGCACUGUUCGCCGUAAUCAACCCCGGUCCCGGCGCGGUUGUCGAAACUACAACCGUCACACUUUAUGUCAUAUUCUUUUUGGCCUCGACAACCCCUAAGUAGUAUUUAGAAUUUUCAGCCAGACAGUUUCUUGGUGCGUAAGACACAAGAGUCGCUUCCCCUUUUUUAUUUAUCCAACCCGCAUUUUGAGUUCAUUGAGACAAACAGCCUGAUAUUCCAGUACCGAGGAAAGCGUUCGAACAUUAAAUGUAUAACACUUUUCUUCUGAAUGGUUGUGUAAGACAUUUUGCAGCAGUAAACAGUGCAUUUUAGUGAUGUCAUACUCAACCUUCGUUUUUU